UGAUCCAAGAGAAUCGGAAGAACUGGAGCACAGAAUAAUUGGGCUAUUGGACCACCGACACAACUGCGGAUGAGCCUACCGAUCAACGUGUUCAGUAAAAUAUAUCUGCUCAAAGACUGAUUCUUAUGAUCACCACUGGAUUUAGAAAAGACUCUUAUCACUGUUGGACUCUUUCCAAAAUGGAGCGAAAAGCCUUUAUCAUAAUGUGGAUUUUUUUUGCAACAGUUCAAGUUGGAAAAACUCAGUCCACAACAGAUUCAACAUCACCAUCAUCUGUUAGUACAGUGGACACCUCUGCAACAACCACAGCUACAACAACAUCUUCAACAACCACGACAGCGGUUACUGAAUCAUCCACCAAUACUGCAGGAGUUACCACAACAGCAGCACAAACUAGUAUUACAACAAAUGAGUCCUCUACAACAGCAGAGCCCUCAACAACCAUUACAACUGUCACUGAAUCUUCCACUUCUACUGCAGGAAUUACCACAACAGCACCUCAAACUAAUGUGACAACUGAAUCCUCCACAACAGCAGUGCCCUCAACAACCACUACAGCUGCUACUGAAUCAUCCACCACUACUGCAGGAGUAACCACAACAGCACCACAAACUAGUGUUACAACAGCUGAAUCCUCCACAACAGCGGUGCCCUCAACAACCACUACAACUCUUACUGAAUCAUCCACCACUACCGCAGGAGUUACCACAACAGCACCACAAACUAGUAGUACAACAACUGAAUCCUUCACAACAGUUACAACAAACGCAGUGCCCUCAACAACUACUACAGCUGUUACUGAAUCAUCCACCACUGCAGGAGUUACCACAACAGCACCACAAACUACUGUUAAAACAGCUGAAUCCUCCACAACAGCGGUGCCCUCAACCACUACAUCUCUUACUGAAUCAUCGACCACUACUUCAGGAGUUACCACAGCAGCACCACAAACUAGUGUUACAACAACUGAAUCCUCCACAACAGUUACAACAAAAGCAGUGCCCUCAACAACUACUACAGCUGUUACUGAAUCAUCCACCACUACAGCAGGAGUUACAACUACAGCAGCACAAACUAGUGUUACAACAACUGAAUCCUCCACAACAGCAGUGCCCUCAACCAGUACAACUCCUACUGAAUCAUCCACCACUACUGCAGGAGAUACCUCAACAGCAACACAAACUAGUGUUACAACAGCUGAAUCCUCCACAACAGCCACAACAACAGCGGUGCCCUCAACAACCACUACAACUCUUACUGAAUCAUCUACCACUACCACAGGAGUUACCACAACAGCACCACAAACUAGUGUUACAACAGCUGAAUCCUCCACAAAAGCUACAACAACAGUGGUGCUGUUAAUGACCUCUACAGCUGUUUCUGAAUCAUCCACCACUACUUCAGGUGCUACCACAACAGCACCACAAACUAGUGGUACAACAACUGAAUCCUCCACAACAGCCACAACAACAGCAGUGCCCUCAACAACCACUACAACUCCUACUGAAUCAUUCACCACUACCGCAGGAGUUACCACAACAGCACCACAAACUAGUGUUUCAACAGCUGAAUCCUCCACAACAGCCACAACAACAGCGGUGCCCUCAACAACCACUACAACUCUUACUGAAUCAUCCACCACUCCAGCAGGAGUUACUACAACAGCACCACAAACUAGUGUUACAACAGCUGAAUCCUCCACAACAGCCACAACAACAGCGUUGCCCUCAACAACCACUACAGCUGUUACUGAAUCAUCCACCAGUACUGCAGGAGUUACCACAACAGCACCACAAACUACUGUUACAACAGCUGAAUCCUCCACAACAGCUACAACAACAGCAGUGCCCUCAAUGACCACUACAGCUGUUACUGAAUCAUCCACCACUACUGCAGGAGUUACCACAACAGCACCACAAACUACUGUUACAACAGCUGAAUCCUCCACAACAGCCACAACAACAGCAGUGCUCUCAACAACCACUACAACUCUUACUGAAUCAUCCACCACUACCGCAGGAGUUACCACAACAGCACCACAAACUGGUGUUACAACUGCUGAAUCCUCCACAACAGCCACAACAACAGCGGUGCCCUUAACAACCACUACAACUCUUACUGAAUCAUACACAACUACUGCAGGAGUUACCACAACAUCACCACAAACUAGUGUUACAACAGCUGAAUCCUCCACAACCGCCACAACAACAGCGCUGCCCUCAACAACCACUACAGCUGUUACUGAAUCAUCCACCACUCCCGCAGGAGUUACCACAACAGCACCACAAACUAGUGUUACAACAGCUGAAUCCUCCACAACCGCCACAACAACAGCAGUGCUCUCAACAACCACUACAACUCUUACUGAAUCAUCCACCACUACCGUAGGAGUUACCACAACAGCACCACAAACUGGUGUUACAACAGCUGAAUCCUCCACAACAGCCACAACAACAGCGGUGCCCUCAACAACCACUACUACUCUUACUGAAUCAUCCACCACUACUGCAGGAGUUACCACAACAGCACCACAAACUAGUGUUACAACAGCUGAAUCCUCCACAACCGCCACAACAACAGCGUUGCCCUCAACAACCACUACAGCUGUUACUGAAUCAUCCACCAGUACUGCAGGAGUUACCACAACAGCACCACAAACUACUGUUACAACAGCUGAAUCCUCCACAACCGCCACAACAACAGCGUUGCCCUCAAUGACCACUACAGCUGUUACUGAAUCAUCCACCACUACUGCAGGAGUUACCACAACAGCACCACAAACUAGUAUUACAACAGCUGAAUACUCCACAACAGCGGUGCCCUCAACCAUUACAUCUCUUAGUGACCCAUCCACCACUACUUUGGGAGUUACCAUAACAGCAACACAAAAUAGUGUUACAACAACUGAAUCCUCCACAACAGUUACAACAACCACGGUGCCCUCAACAACUACUACAGCUGUUACUGAAUCAUCCACCACUACCCCAAGAGUUACCACAACAGCACCACAAACUAGUGUUACAACAACUGUAUCCUCCACAACAGCAGUGCCCUCAACCACUACAACUUCUACUGAAUCAUUCACCACUACUGCAGGAGUUACCACAACAGCACCACAAACUAGUUUUUCAACAGCUGAAUCCUCCACAACAGCCACAACAACAGUGGUGCCCUCAACAACCACUACAACUAUUACUGAAUCAUCCACCUCUACUGCAGGAGAUACCACAACAGCACCACAAACUACUGUUACAACAACUGAAUCCUCCACAACAGCUACAACAACAGCAGUGCCCUCAAUGACCACUACAGCUGUUACUGAAUCAUCCACCACUACUGCAGGAGUUACCACAACAGCACCACAAACUAGUGUUACAACAGCUGAAUCCUCCACAACAGCCACAACAACAGCAGUGCCCUCAACAGCCACUACAACUCUUACUGAAUCAUCCACCACUCCCGCAGGAGUUACCACAACAGCACCACAAACUAGUGUUACAACAGCUGAAUCCUCCACAACCGCCACAACAACAGCAGUGCUCUCAACAACCACUACAACUCUUACUGAAUCAUCCACCACUACCGUAGGAGUUACCACAACAGCACCACAAACUGGUGUUACAACAGCUGAAUCCUCCACAACAGCCACAACAACAGCGGUGCCCUCAACAACCACUACUACUCUUACUGAAUCAUCCACCACUACUGCAGGAGUUACCACAACAGCACCACAAACUAGUGUUACAACAGCUGAAUCCUCCACAACCGCCACAACAACAGCGUUGCCCUCAACAACCACUACAGCUGUUACUGAAUCAUCCACCAGUACUACAGGAGUUACCACAACAGCACCACAAACUACUGUUACAACAGCUGAAUCCUCCACAACCGCCACAACAACAGCGUUGCCCUCAAUGACCACUACAGCUGUUACUGAAUCAUCCACCACUACUGCAGGAGUUAUCACAACAGCAGCACAAACUAGUAUUACAACAGCUGAAUCCUCCACAACAGCGGUGCCCUCAACCAUUACAUCUCUUACUGACCCAUCCACCACUACUUUGGGAGUUACCAUAACAGCAACACAAAAUAGUGUUACAACAACUGAAUCCUCCACAACAGUUACAACAACCACGGUGCCCUCAACAACUACUACAGCUGUUACUGAAUCAUCCACCACUACCCCAAGAGUUACCACAACAGCACCACAAACUAGUGUUACAACAACUGUAUCCUCCACAACAGCAGUGCCCUCAACCACUACAACUUCUACUGAAUCAUUCACCACUACUGCAGGAGUUACCACAACAGCACCACAAACUAGUUUUUCAACAGCUGAAUCCUCCACAACAGCCACAACAACAGUGGUGCCCUCAACAACCACUACAACUCUUACUGAAUCAUCCACCUCUACUGCAGGAGAUACCACAACAGCACCACAAACUACUGUUACAACAACUGAAUCCUCCACAACAGCUACAACAACAGCAGUGCCCUCAACAACCACUAGAGCUGUUACUGAAUCAUCCACCACUACCGCAGGAGUUACCACAACAUCACCACAAACUAGUGUUACAACAGCUGAAUCCUCCACAACAGCUACAACAACAGCAGUGCCCUCAACAACCACUACAUCUCUUACUGAAUCAUCCACUACUACUGCAGGAGUUACCACAACAGCACCACAAACUAGUGGUACAACAGCUGAUUCCUCCACAACAGCCACAAUAACAGCAGUGCCCUCAACAACCACUACAACUCUUACUGAAUCAUCCACCACUCCCACAGGAGUUACCACAACAGCACCACAAACAAGUGUUACAACAGCUGAAUCCUCCAAAACCGCCACAACAACAGCGUUGCCAUCAACAACCACUACAGCUGUUACUGAAUCAUCCACCACUACUGCAGGAGUUACCACAACAGCACCACAAACUACUGUUACAACAACUGAAUCCUCCACAACAGCUACAACAACAGCAGUGCCCUCAACAACCACUACAGCUGUUACUGAAUCAUCCACCACUACUGCAGGAGUUACCACAACAGCACCACAAACUAGUGUUACAACAGCUGAAUCCUCCACAACAGCAGUGCCCUCAACCACUACAUCUAUUAGUGAACCAUCCACCACUACUGCAGGAGAUACCACAACAGCACCUCAAACUAGCGUUACAAUAGUUGAAUCCUCCACAACAGCUACAACAACAGCAGUGCCCUCAACAACCACUACAGCUGUUACGGGAUCAUCCACUUCUACUGCAGGAGUUACCACAACAGCACCACAAACUACUGUUACAACAGCUGAAUCCUCCCCAACAGUGGUGCCCUCAACCACUACAACUCUUACUGAAUCAUCCACCACUCCAGCAGGAGUUACUACAACAGCACCACAAACUAGUGUUACAACAGCUGAGUCCUCCACAACAGCCACAACAACAGCGUUGCCCUCCAAAACCUUUACUGAUGCUACUGAAUCAUCCACCACUACUGCUGGAGUUACCACAACUGCACCACAAACUAGUAGUACAACAACUGAAUCCUCCACAACAGUUACAACAACCGCGGUGCCCUCAACAACUACUACAGCUGUUACUGAAUCAUCCACCACUACCACAAGAGUUACCACAACAGCACCACAGACUAGUGUUACAACAGCUGAAUCCUCCACAACAGCUUCAACAACAGCAGUGCCCUCAACAACCACUGCAGCUGUUACUGAAUCAUCCACCACUACUGCAGGAGAUACCACAACAGCACCACAAACUAGUGUUACAACAGCUGAUUCCUCCACAACAGCCACAAUAACAGCAGUGCCCUCAACAACCACUACAACUCUUACUGAAUCAUCCACCACUCCCACAGGAGUUACCACAACAGCACCACAAACAAGUGUUACAAUAGUUGAAUCCUCCACAACAGCUACAACAACAGCAGUGCCCUCAACAACCACUACAGCUGUUACGGGAUCAUCCACUUCUACCGCAGGAGUUACCACAACAGCACCACAAACUAGUGUUGCAACAGCUGAGUCUUCCACAACAGCCACAACAACAGCGUUGCCCUCCAAAACCUUUACUGAUGCUACUGAAUCAUCCACCACUACUGCUGGAGUUACCACAACUGCACCACAAACUAGUGUUACAACAACUGAAUCCUCCACAACAGCAGUGCCCUCAACCACUACAACUCUUACUGAAUCAUCCACCACUACUGCAGGAGUUACCACAGCAGCAGCACAAACUAGUGGUACAACAACUGAAUCCUCCACAACAGUUACAAGAACCGCGGUGCCCUUAACGACCACUACAACUCUUACUGAAUCAUCCACCACUACUGCAGGAGUUACCACAACAGCACCACAAACUAGUGUUACAACAGCUGAAUCCUCCACAACAGCAGUGCCCUCAACAACCACUACAACUCUUACUGAAUCAUCCACGACUACCGCAGAAGUUACCACAACAGCACCACAAACUAGUGUUACAACAGCUGAAUCCUCCACAACAGCCACAAUAACAGCAGUGCCCUCAACAACCACUACAGCUGUUACUGAAUCAUCCACCAUUACUGCAGGAGUUACCACAACAGCACCACAAACUAGUGUUACAACAGCUGAAUCCUCCACAACAGCAGUGCCCUCAACCACUACAUCUCUUAGUGAAUCAUCCACCACUACUGCAGGAGAUACCACAACAGCACCUCAAACUAGUGUUACAACAGUUGAAUCCUCCACAACAGCUACAACAACAGCAGUGCCCACAACAACCACUACAGCUAUUACGGGAUCAUCCACUUCUACUGCAGGAGUUACCACAACAGCACCACAAACUACUGUUACAACAGCUGAAUCCUCCACAACAGUGGUGCCCUCAACCACUACAUCUCUUACUGGAUCAUCGACCACUACUUCAGGAGUUACCACAACAGCACCACAAACUAGUAGUACAACAACUGAAUCCUCCACAACAGUUACAACAACCACGGUGCCCUCAACAACUACUACAGCUGUUACUGAAUCAUCCACCACUACUGCAGGAGUUACCACAACAGCACCACAAACUAGUAUUACAACAGCUGAAUCCUCCACAACAGUAGUGCCCUCAACCACUACAUCUCUUACUGAAUCAUCCACCACUUCUGCAGGAGUUACCACAACAGCACCACAAACUAGUGGUACAACAACUGAAUCCUCCACAACAGUUACAACAACCGCGGUGCCCUCAACAACUACAACAACAGUUACUGAUUCAUCCACCACUACCGCAGGAGUUACCACAACAGCACCACAAACUAGUGUUACAACAGCUGAGUCCUCCACAACAGCCACAACAACAGCGUUGCCCUCCAAAACCUCUACUGAUGCUACUGAAUCAUCCACCACUACUGCUGGAGUUACCACAACAGCACCACAAACUAGUAGUACAACAACUGAAUCCUCCACAACAGUUACAACAACCGCGGUGCCCUCAACAACUACUACAGCUGUUACUGAAUCAUCCACCACUACUGCAGGAGUUACCACAACAGCACCACAAACUAGUAUUACAACAGCUGAAUCCUCCACAACAGUAGUGCCCUCAACCACUACAUCUCUUACUGAAUCAUCCACCACUUCUGCAGGAGUUACCACAACAGCACCACAAACUAGUGGUACAACAACUGAAUCCUCCACAACAGUUACAACAACCGCGGUGCCCUCAACAACUACAACAACAGUUACUGAUUCAUCCACCACUACCGCAGGAGUUACCACAACUGCACCACAAACUAGUGUUACAACAGCUGAGUCCUCCACAACAGCCACAACAACAGCAGUGCCCUUAACAACCACUACAACUCUUACUGAAUCAUCCACCACUACUGCAGGAGUUACCACAACAGCACCACAAACUACUGUUACAACAGCUGAAUCCUCCACAACAGCAGUGCCCUCAACCUCUACAAUUCUUACUGAAUCAUCCACCACUACUGCAGGAGUUACAACAACAACACCACAAACUACUUUUACAACAGCUGAAUCCUCCACAACAGCCACAACAACAGCAGUGCUCUCAAUGACCACUACAGCUGUUACUGAAUCAUCCACCACUACUGCAGGAGUUACCACAACAGCACCACAAACUAGUAUUACAACAGCUGAAUCCUCCACAACAGUAGUGCCCUCAACCACUACAUCUCUUACUGAAUCAUCCACCACUUCUGCAGGAGUUACCACAACAGCACCACAAACUAGUGGUACAACAACUGAAUCCUCCACAACAGUUACAACAACCGCGGUGCCCUCAACAACUACAACAACAGUUACUGAUUCAUCCACCACUACUGCAGGAGUUACCACAACAGCACCACAAACUAGUGUUACAACAGCUGAGUCCUCCACAACAGCCACAACAACAGCGUUGCCCUCCAAAACCUCUACUGAUGCUACUGAAUCAUCCACCACUACUGCUGGAGUUACCACAACAGCACCACAAACUAGUAGUACAACAACUGAAUCCUCCACAACAGUUACAACAACCGCGGUGCCCUCAACAACUACUACAGCUGUUACUGAAUCAUCCACCACUACUGCAGGAGUUACCACAACAGCACCACAAACUAGUAUUACAACAGCUGAAUCCUCCACAACAGUAGUGCCCUCAACCACUACAUCUCUUACUGAAUCAUCCACCACUUCUGCAGGAGUUACCACAACAGCACCACAAACUAGUGGUACAACAACUGAAUCCUCCACAACAGUUACAACAACAGCGGUGCCCUCAACAGCGACUACAACUGUUACUGAAUCAUCUUCCACUACUGCAGGAGUUACCACAACAGAACCUCAAACUAGUGUUACAACAACUGAAUCCUCCACAACAGCCACAACAACAGCAGUGCCCUCAACAACCACUACAGCUUUUACUGAAUCUUCCACCUCUACUGCAGGAAUUACCACAACAGCAGCACAAACUAGUGUUACAACAACUGAAUCCUCCACAACAGCAGUGGCUUCAACAACCACUACAACACCUAAUGAAUCAUCAACCACUAAUACAGGAAUUACCACAACAGCACCUAAAACUAGUGUUCCAGCAGCUGAAUCCUCAACAGGUUCAUCCACAGUCCCAACAGCUAUCACUGGUUCAUCCACUAGUAGUGCAGCAAUAACCACAACAGUGGUACAAUCAACAGCUUCUUCCCCAAUUUCAGUCAAUUCCUCUUUACCAGCCGCUGACACAUCUACCACUAGUGGCACAACAGUUAUUCCUGCAUCUACAGUGUCUAAAGCUUCUACUGCAUCUACAGCUUCUACAGCAUCUACAGUAUCUACAGCAUCUACAGCUUCUACAGCAUCUACUGUGUCUACAGCAUCUACAGUGUCUAAAGCUUCUACUGCAUCUACAGCUUCUACAGCAUCUACAGUAUCUACAGCAUCUACAGCUUCUACAGCAUCUACUGUGUCUACAGCAUCUACAGUGUCUAAUGCUUCUACAGCAUCUACAGCUUCUACAGCAUCUACUGUGUCUACAGCAUCUGCUGUGUCUAAAGCUUCUACUGCAUCUACAGCUUCUACAGCAUCUACUGUGUCUAAAGCUUCUACUGCAUCUACAGUUACUAAAGCAUCUACAGUCUCUACAGCAUCUACAAUUUCCACAGUAACUACUGCAAAAAUAGUACCCGAGGUGCUAACAAAUCUGGAGUUUCGCUCUUUUGAAACAUUUAUAGAUGCACUCAGUGAUAGCAACAGUGAGGAGUUCAAGAAUAGGUCUAAACUUGUCAGAGAUGAGCUUGAGCCCAUCUAUAAAAUCAAGUACGAUAACUUCCUUAGAUUGAUUGUCCUAGGAUUCAGAGCAGGGUCAAUCAUCACAUCAACACAACUAGCUUUCAGCUUCAAUCAAACUAUUCCAUCUGCUGAGGAGAUUUCGAAAACUCUUUUGACAGCAGUGGGAACCGGAGAUGUCAAUCCACUGAACAUAAUUCCUCAAUCAAUUUCAGUCAAUGGUUCAGCUUCAGCUACCACUACUGUUCCAGUAGCAACCUCAGUUUCAGGCGGAUUGAAGAUUGAAUCCAGUCUGCUCCAAGCAACAUGCCUUAUUAUUAUGUCCAGAAUAUUUAUACUUUUCCUAUGAAUGCCAUAAACAUAUCAACCAUUCAUGAUAGUUCAUUAAGACAUAUUUUAACAAAUUAAUUAAACAACAAAUGUAUUUAUUAUUAUUACAUGUAUUACAUAUAGGUACAACAUAUUUCCCAUUGUAGCACACUCUCAAAUAAUGGUAUAGAGCAAUAUAAAGAUAAGUUUGAUGAUGUUUUGUUUCUCAAGAAUAUAAUUAGACAUAUUAAUGUAACAGCAGGCUGUACUGGGAGGGAGAAGUGGAUCUUUUUCCUCAUGCAUUUCCUAAUGUAUGUUUUCAAAUGUAAACAAUGUCAAUGUUGUGUAACUUUUGAUGUUUAAUACUGCUCAAACUUUUUUUCCAGUUCUAACAUUUUAACGUUCUAAUAUUGCAAGAUGUCAUAUUUUAUUUUAAUUAAAUAAAAAUAUUUAUUA